AUGUUGGAAAACCAGACAAAGAUUGCAGAAUUCAUUCUUCAGGGAUUUCAAGAGUUUUAUGACGUACAGACACUUCUCUUCCUAACUUUUCUAGUGAUUUACAUUGUGGCCCUAAUUGGAAACACACUCAUUGUUGCACUGGUGGUUUUUGAUCAGCACCUUCACACCCCCAUGUACUUCUUCCUGGGGAACCUUUCUUUCUUGGAAGCUUGCUACAGUUCCAAUAUCUUUCCAAGGAUGCUUUCAGCCCUCUUGACAGGAAACAGAACCAUUUCUUUCAGCAGAUGCUUCAUGCAAUGGUAUUUCUGCAGUUCCUUGGUAGCGACAGAAUGCUGCUUACUCUGUGUGAUGUCUUAUGAUAGAUAUCUUGCCAUAUGUAAGCCACUACACUAUCUAACAAUCAUGAAUUUUCAGGCUUGUUUCCAACUGGUAGCUGCAUCUUGGAUCAGUGGGUUGGCUGUGUUUUCAAUCUUGCUUACUCUGAUGCUGCAUAAAUUAAAUUUUUGUGGCUCCAAUGAAAUCAACCAUUAUUUUUGUGACUAUUUCCCACUUCUAAAAACUGCCUGCAGUGACACUAGCUUGUUGGAAAUUAUGAGUUUCAUUGUGGCUGCCAUAAUUACACUUCCAACUUCUUUCCUAACUCUUGUGUCCUAUAUAUAUAUCAUAGCAGCCAUCCUGAAAAUCUCUUCCACCACUGGGAGGAGAAAGGCCUUUUCCACCUGCUCCUCACACCUGGUUGUCGUUUCCAUUUUUUAUGUGUCACUAAUGAUUGUGUACAUGUUACCAAGUGCUGAAGUGAAGAGAGACAUGCAAAAAUUCUCCUCUCUUCUGUAUAUAGUUUUGCCCCCUCUAGCCAAUCCAUUUAUAUACACUCUGAGAAAUAAGGAGGUCAAACAAGCCCUGAUAAAUACUAUUAGCAAGUUUCUGUCAUAUAAAGCAGAGUACCAUAAAGCAAAUUAA